AUGCAUGGUCGUGGUACAAAAACAUGGAUCAACGGCAAUAAAUACGUAGGUGAUUGGUUUAAUGACAGCAUAACUGGCAAUGGCACAUUCAUGUGGCCCGAUGGCACCAAGUACGAAGGACAAUAUAAUGAUGGUAAAAAGCACGGUCAUGGCACACAGAAGUGGUCCAAUGGCGAUAAAUACACAGGUGAUUGGGUUAAUGCCACCAUAACUGGCAAAGGCAAUAACACAUGGUCCAAUGGUGAUGAAUACGUAGGUGAUUGGGUUAAUGCACGAAAAAUUCUUUCUAGUUUACCACGCUCAUCAACUGAUCAUGCAGUAACAUCACUUAAACAAUUAAGAAAUGUAUUUACAUCAACUAAUCGUAGUACAGGUGCAAUUAUACAAUCAAUCUUAUUAGAAGAACCAAAUCCACCAUGUAUACAAUGCAGUGAUAUUGAAGAACCAGUACGUGUUGGAAUAAAUAUGUUAUUAUUUACAUUAUAUUCAUUAUAUGAACGUUUAAUACAUAAAGAUAAAUAUAUCAUUGUCGAUGGUCAAGUUAUUGAUGAAAUAAAACAAUCAUUAAAACGAAAGUUACCAGAAGAUGAUGAUGACGAUUAUCAAAAUGAAUCAGAUAUUGUGAAAAAAACAAAAAAAUUAUCAACAACUCAUUAUGAACAUAAUAAGAAUUUUGUUAUGCUUGUAGAUGACCAAAUACCAACACAUACAAAUGGACAUCAUGCACAUCAGAAAAUAAUAUACAAACUUGUGAUGACAGUUGCACUUCAGACGAUAGCUAUAGUUGUUGAUUCGAUUACAUUAACAUUAUUAGUUUUACUAAUACUUAUUUUUAUUUAUUAUGUUUAUAAUCUACGAACAAACAAUAUAUUUCGUCGAAUUGGAAUGACUGGUCCAGCUCCUAUUCCAUUUCUAGGUGAAAUGUUUAACGUUAUACGAAGAGGAAUGUAUAAAAAUGAUGUGGCACUUGUUAAAAAAUAUGGCAAAAUCGUUGGUAUUUACGAAGGAACAGUUCCGAUCAUUCUUGUGACUGAUCUAGAUAUUCUUCGAAAUGUUCUUAUCAAAGAUUCUCAUGUGUUUAUCAAUCGACGAACUAUUGAAGGUGCAGCAGGUCCAUUUGAACAUGGACUUACCGUAUUGAAAGAUGAACAAUGGAAAAAUGCUCGUUCAAUUAUUUCACCGACAUUCUCUACUGCAAAACUCAAAGCAACGCAUAGUCUUAUGAAUGAUGUUAGUGAUAUGUACAAUGAACGUCUUCUCGAAUAUGCUGAUAAACAAGAAAUAUUUGAUAUUAAAACUAUAAAUGGUCAACAUACUCUUGAUAAUAUUGCAAGUUGUUUAUUUGGUAUUGAAACAAAUUCAUUAAAAAAUGAAAAUAUAACUUUAAUCAAUCAUUUGAGAAAAUUCUUUACUUUUAGUUUGGCAAAUAUAUUUCUUCUUGUUAUUCUUUUAUCACCACGAUUGGCUGGUUAUUUAGGAAAAAGGGGUUAUUCAAUUUUACCAACUUGA